AUGCCUCGCCGCCCAGCGAAUAGAUUCAAUGUUACUAACCCUGUAAAGCCGUCGGAAUUUAUGCAAAUGUGUUGUUUCGAUGAAACCACCGGCGAACUGCUUCCAAGAGACGUUUGCGAUAGAAAUCUCGAAACCGCAAUGAAAUCAGUCGAAGAAAUCGAUUAUCUGGACAUUCUAAACUAUGAAAAUACACCAUUGACUGUCGCGAUUUCGAUGACACUGUACAAGUUAAAUGAAACUCUCAAAGCCGACAGAAAAAGAGAAAUAGAAGCUGUGGCGGCGGCGCGACGUGUAGCUCCUCGAUACGCUUCGGAAUUCGAUUUGGAAGCGGCUCAAGAGGUCGAUCAAGAGGGAUUUCUGCCAGGAGACAAGAGAAUUAUUCUUUCAAUGCUAAUCAAUCCAAGCAUGUGUGCCCAGUGGACCGGCAAAAUGACCAUCACUAAUGCAGUAAUCUCAAUUCUGAAAGAGAUCCAAUCUCGCGACCCAUACUUCUUCAUCUAUUCGGUUCCAGUCACUAACAAAAAAACGACUUAUCCGACGAUUCCAAACGAGUUCUUCUGCACUUUUGCUCAUGUGCUGACCACUGGCUUCGGAUUGGCUGAUAGCUCGCAAGAACUCAUUCAGCUGAUUGGUAAAAUUCGUGGCAUCACCAGAAAUUUCAUUGACAAGCAGCGCAGACAUGCCGAUGGUCUUGACGAGCUGUUGAACGAGUUCCAGGAGAAUUAUCAGAGAAAUCCAUCGUUCCGUGCCGCUGAGGCUCCAAUUCAAGAUUCCCCGUUGAUCACUGCCGCCAAGGUUGAUUUCAAGCCACGUGCGAUCAAGCGAGAGAUCGUCAAACAGGAGUUGGAUCCGGAUGAGACCCAGGCGCCACGCAAAUCUGCCAGACAAGCAAAUCGUGCGGCGAAAUAUUGA